AUGAGCGUCACCCCUUCCUACACCAACGGCCAACAAGCGCCCCCCGAAGCGAUCACUCGCGCCAUCCUAAGCGGAGCGUUGCAAAAGGCCAAUGAUGCUGUACAUGCAGAUGGAGAUGGCGAGUGGGAUUAUGCGGCGAAUGCGUACACGGCGAGCUGUGAGCUGUUGGGGCAAGUGAUGGGGCGGCUGGAGAUGGGCGGGGAGGAAUGGACGAGGGUCGAAGGGAUCUCUCGUGCAAUGGGAGAGAUCUCUGGUAGGAUAGAGGGUAGUGAUGCUGAUCUCGUGCGUUUUGUCGAAUAG